AGCAAGAGAAUGCGGUUGUCAAGUUGCAUUAAAGGCCUCGCGCGGCAAGAACAUCCAGUACUACGCCUCUCAAAGUUGCUUCCGCUGCACCUAGUCUUGCGCCGUACCUCGAAUGGAUGCUAUGGCACGGGGGAGACGGCCGCGAAACGUCUUCAUGGCGUAUCUACCCACCAUGUUUUACUAUGUCCUUCGAGCAGUUAGGCAACAUUACUUCUGGAAUGAUAUGGAAGUGGCUUUCAAUAGUGCAUGGGACGAAUGGAUCUAUCCCCGCCAUUGCGAGAUGCCAAUCUAUCACAUGAAUACAAUCGCUUGGCCUGAGGUUGCCGGCUCAUCAAGCUGCGUCUCAUUGUGUUUGGCUCGUCUUCAUGAACACUUUGAAGGACUGGCUUCUUCACCCGAGCUUUGUCAAGUACUCAAUACGGAAUCGGAAUUCGACUGGUUGUACACAGACUUCUCAUCUGCGCAAAUGCCAGCUUUUCACUUCGGUGGAUUGGAUUCGAAACCGCUUUGUAUCUGUAAGAUGAAUCUGAUCAUGCAUCGCCAACGAAUGGUUUCAGUUGUGCCCGAGCAGUGUACUGUAGAAGCUGUCGCGAAGCGACUUUCGUUCUGGGGUUGGAUGGUGCAAUCUGUCACGUCAGGAGACCCCAAAGACUGUGCUAAGACAACAUGGAUGACACCUGAGCAAUUGGCAACCUUCUACGUGGGGAUGAAGUAUAACAUCAGCAAGCAAGGAGAAGUGGCCAGGUGGCCUUAUGGUCCUCCGCGACCACUAAAGCCGACAUAGCUUCAGAUAUCCG